GUUGUUCCAAAGUGACGUGCAUCAGCUUAUCCCGUGAAGUUUCCAUCAAGUUAUCUCCUUUACACGGCAAACAGAUUUCCAUCCGCUACUUGGACAUGAGUGACUGUUUUGUCCUUGAGGAUGAAGGACUGCACACGAUCGCCACCCACUGCACUCAGUUGACACAUCUCUACUUGCGCCGCUGCAUCCGCAUUACCGAUGAAGGCCUCCGGUACCUGAUGAUUUACUGCGCUUCCAUCAGAGAGUUAAGCGUCAGCGACUGCCGCUUCGUCAGCGACUUUGGCAUGCGCGAGAUUGCAAAGCUGGAGUUCCGCCUGCGCUAUCUCAGCAUCGCCCACUGUGUCCGCAUCACGGACGUCGGCCUCCGAUACAUUACUAAGUACUGCAGCAAGCUGCGUUACCUCAAUGCGCGAGGCUGUGAAGGCAUCACGGACCAUGGAAUAGAGUACCUGGCCAAAAAUUGCACAAAGCUCAAGUCAUUGGACAUUGGGAAAUGCCCUCUGGUGUCUGACAUUGGCUUGGAGUUUCUGGCUCUGAACUGCUUCAACUUGAAGCGGCUGAGCCUGAAGUCUUGCGAAAGUAUCACGGGACAAGGCCUGCAGAUUGUAGCGGCCAAUUGCUUUGACCUGCAAAUGCUGAACGUUCAGGACUGUGAGAUUUCAGUGGAAGCUUUGCGGUUCGUUAAGCGCCAUUGUAAGCGCUGCAUUAUAGAGCAUACUAACCCUGCCUUUUUUUGAAGCAAGAGUCAUACUUGUUGCUGAAACAAAAGAAUUACAAUUGUUUGUAUGUACAUAUGCACAGUUUGUCCGCAUAUGCAAUUAGCAAUAGCAAUAGCAGUUAGACUUAUAUACCGCUUCAUAGGGCUUUCAGCCCUCUCUAA